AUGUGUGCCUCAGCUUCUCGGCAGCAGCAGCAAAGCAGCACACAAACAUUCAGCAGCCAGUCCUUGUCGAUUCUCUUCGAAAGCAAGAUGGCGGCCAUUGCAGUGCCUAAUGAUCGUCAUCAAAUGUUGCGGCAACAUGAGAAGAAGCCGGACUUUCCACUCAAGAAAAGCUUGGGUAUCGCUGAACUUCCCAAUGGAACCGAGGAUGAGGACACUGUCCAAGACAAGGUGCAGUCCAUUCUGGAGCUGGGACAGAGACUCGCGAAGGAAGGCAAGGCAGAAGAGCUCGGCGAAUUGAUAAAAAACACACGGCCGUUUCUGAAGCGCGUGAGCAAAGCGAAGGCUGCCAAAUUGGUUCGAGCUCUCGUCGACCUCUUCCUGGACAUGGAAGCCUGCACUGGAUUGGAGGUUGAGCUGUGUCGAGAAUGCAUCGAGUGGGCGCAGAAAGAGAAACGUACUUUCCUGCGACAGAGCCUCCAGACUCGACUGAUCGCUUUGUACUACGACACCAAGAAGUACAUCGAAGCGCUUCAGCUGAUCGGUGAACUGUUGAAAGAACUCAAGAAAAUGGAUGAUAAAGAUCUGUUAGUUGAAGUCCAACUACUCGAGUCGAAGGUUUACCAUGCUCUGAGUAAUUUACCGAAAGCUCGCGCAGCGUUGACGUCUGCGCGGACGACCGCAAAUGCGAUUUACUGCCCGCCGAAACUGCAAGCUCAGUUGGAUUUGCAGUCGGGCAUAUUGCACGCUGCCGACGAACGAGACUUCAAGACAGCGUUCUCUUAUUUUUAUGAAGCCUUCGAGUGCUACGAUUCUGUUUCGAGCCCGAAGACAGUUACGGCCUUGAAGUACAUGUUACUAUCGAAAAUCAUGCUGAGUCUACCGGAGGACGUACAGGCUAUCAUAAUCGGGAAGCUGGCCCUCCGCUACGCCGGGACAGAAAUUGAGGCGAUGAAAGCUGUCGCGGAUGCAUCACAAUCACGAUCUCUCGCCGACUUCCAAAAAGCUCUUUCGCAGUACAAAAAAGAACUCGUCGAUGAUCCUAUCAUUGCUGCUCAUCUCGAAACCCUCUACGACCAGAUGCUCGAACAGAACCUAUGUCGCAUCAUCGAGCCGUACUCGAGAGUUCAGGUGGAACACAUCGCUCAGGUCAUCAACUUGCCACGGGAGAAAGUGGAACUCAAGCUGUCCCAAAUGAUUCUGGACAAAAAGUUCAGCGGUAUCCUGGACCAGGGUACGGGAGUCCUGAUUAUAUUCGAAGACCAGAGUAUCGACAAGACCUAUGGAAGCGCUAUAGAAGUCAUCCAUGCGAUGGGCAAAGUCGUCGAUGCUCUGUAUCAAAAAGCGAAGAAACUGUCCUAAUGUCCGUAUAGGCAACCACCUCCAAUAUGUCAUGUGCAACCAGCGUAGAAUCUCGCUUCAGACAUGUUGAAUCGGCCCCGCGUUCACCGCCACCAUGAUUCGAUAACUCGAUCGGUCCUUUUGAGAACUUGUUCAAGCAGUAAAUGAGCGAUACAUAUAUAAGUUUCUGCUUCACACUCAUUCACUCAUCGGAUGCGGGUAGAGUGAACGGUUCCCUCGCGAGGACUCUUCUAGUCCAUCCAAGCUAAGUUCGAGGAAAAGUCGAUGUUCUCAUCCCUGUUCGAGAUGCUCUGGGUCAAACGUGAUUCGAUGGAGGUGGUGACAAUGACUUCAUAUGGGGGAAAAGGGGGAGCUUUUCGGAGACAGGAAAUUGCAUAAAAAACAUUAUGAGA